AUGGCUAGGGUGUCUCCGACAGAGAACAUGCCAAGGAAGGCAUCCACUGCUGUGGCCCGACACAGCCUUCACUAUGAAGAAAAGGCACCACAAGUUGAAGAUCCGGGAGGAUAUUUGAACUUUGACCUCUCAAGCCGGGAGCUUAAUUUCAUGCACAAGAAGAUCAGGCGGAGAGAAUGUAUGUGUUUUAUUGAAGAGACCAGUCAGGAUUUGACAGUAUCUGAAGAUGAGAAACUGUGUGGCUGUGGUUAUCCCCGGAACAUGCAUGCUAAGGAUGCCAAGGAGUUGUCCAUCCCGGGAGUCACCUGGGAGUACCAACUGCACACCAAAACAUUUCCGACAAACGCAUUUGGGGAGAUUGAAUUUGUUGGAUUUGGAGACAAAGUUGGAAAGUACGUACGUGUGGAUGUGGAUACCAAGAUGGAGACUAUGUUGGAUCUUCUUACGUCAGCCUGGGCCAUGGAGAAGCCUAACCUGCUCAUCUCAGUGACAGGUGGAGCCAAGAACUUCACCAUGAAAGCCAGGCUCAGGGAGGUGUUCCGCAGGGGCCUUAUGAAGGCUGCUCUUAGUACAGGUGCCUGGAUUGUGACUGGUGGAACCAACGCAGGAGUCAUGAAGCAUGUAGGGGAAGCAGUCAGGGAUUUUGGUUUGACAUCAGAGGGAAGAGUGAUAACAAUUGGAAUAGCUUCCUGGGGGUGUGUGCAGAGCAAGGAACAGCUAAUCUCUGCAGAUUGUCAAGGGAAAUGGCCAGCAUCUUACAGAAUAGACAGCAAAGAGAAAGCCAAGGAAUCAUUCCUAGAUCCGAACCACACACACUUCAUCUUAGUCGACAAUGGUACACAGCACAAGUUCACCGUGGAGAUACCAUUCAGAGCCAAGCUGGAAGAGGCCAUUGCAGCCCAGAAGACUGACACAGGAGCAGAUGCGGUUUCUGUCCCUAUUUGCCUGUUAGUUCUAGAAGGGGGACCUGGCACAUUGCAAACAGUACACCUGGCAUUGAACAGUGGGACACCAACUGUUGUCAUUAAGGGGUCUGGAAAAACUGCAGACAUUCUAGCAUAUGCUUAUCAGAAUGCAAGGGAAGAUCACUCCACUGUCUAUGAUCAGAGCGGAGCUGAAAUAAAAGAAACAAACUACGUCCUAGAGGCUCACGUCAUCGCCGAUAUCAAAGAGAUGGUUAAAACCCACUUUGGUGAAUCGAGCUUGGAUACAAGAAUAGAGUGGGUCAAAGACUGUUGCAGCAAACGUGACCUUUUAUCAGUCUUUGAACUGGAUUCCAAAAAUUCUGCUAAAGAUGUCGACCUGGCCAUUUUGAAAGCCUUACUGAAAGCCAACAAGAAUGUUCUCAUGGACCAGUUGAAACUAGCGCUUGCCUGGAACAGAAUUGAUGUUGCCAAAUCUGAAAUCUUCACCGAUGACCGGCGAUGGCGGACGGGAAUGUUAGAUGAGGUUAUGAUGUCAGCGAUCCAGCUCAACCGGGUGGAUUUUGUAGAUCUGUUCCUGGAUCAUGGUGUUUUCCUCAAGGAUUUUGUGACAGUGGAAAGGCUAAUUAAAUUGUACAACAGUAUACCCAAAAAUUGCCUGCUGUAUACAUUGUUAAGGAAAACUGUCAAGAAACAUUCAGAUAUUCUUCACAGACCAUUCACUCUAGCAGACGUGGGCCACUUGAUUCAGGAUCUUCUUGGAGAUUACUACCAGCCUCUCUAUCUCACUGACGAAUACACCGGUAUCAACGUAAAAUUCAGCGAUGACUUUGAUCCAAAUUCUACUGCCCAAACUGAUCUAAACCAAUCAGGACACUCGAUAGAUUUCAUCUCCCCAGCACAAGAGCUCUUUAUCUGGGCAGUGUUAAUGAAUAACCACAAGCUGUCGAAAUUAUUUUGGCAGGAAGGAAGGUCAUCAACAGCUGCUGCCUUGUUUGCCACCAGUAUUUUAAACUCCAUGAUGAACGUCACUUUUGAUGCAGACGUCAGACGAAAGCUGCAAGCCAGUGCAGAUGAUUAUGCUCAACUGGCAAUUGGUGUCAUCAACAAAUGCUACAGCUCUGAUGAGAAAAGAACACAUGACUUAUUGACCCAGGUCAUGCCUCACUGGGGCAAGUCCACAUGUAUGUUACUGGCAGUGCAAUCUGGCAACAAAGAGUUUGUAGCACAGACAGCCUGCCAGUCGCUGCUGAACUCAAUAUGGAUGGGUCGCAUGGCUCAAGGAAACAGCUUGUUUUGGAUUAUUCCAAGCACAUUCUUCUUCCCUUUAAUCCAAUUUGCCAUAAAAUUUCUGGAAGUUGAUAAUAAAAAGGGGAAGGAAAUUGCUCCCGUAGAACCAACAUUGGCAGACGAGACUGAACUAGCCCUGACCAGAGAGGCAAGCAACAAUCACCACGGUUUGACCAGACAGGCGACGUCCUUGAACCUUGACAACAGUGCAGCAGCAAAGAGCAGCAAAAACUACAGCAUCAUCAAGAAACACAGACUCUUCUACCGCUCUCCAGUGGUGAAGUUUAUCCUUAGUGUGAUUGCGUACUUCAUCUUCCUGCUGCUCUACAGUUACUAUUUGGUUGUCCAACUUUCAAAAGAGUUCCACUUUUUAGAAGGCAUCCUCAUAGGCUGGGUGUGCACAGUAUUUUUUGAAGAGAUUCGACAGUUUCUGACUGGAUAUGCGUUUUCCUUCAAGUCAAAGGUCACGUCCUACUUUAAUGACAGUUGGAACAUACUAGACAUUGCCACAAUCCUCCUCUUUGCUGUUGGCAUGACACUGCGUUUUAUUGAUGAUGACAACUUCUUGAGUGGUGCCCGAGUGAUUCUAAGCAUUAAUUUGAUUGCAUUCUUUUUCCGGAUUCUGCAUAUCUUUUCUGUCAACAAACAACUUGGACCUAAGUUAGUCAUGAUCAACAAAAUGAUCAAAGACCUGAUGUCAUUUGUCAUCAUCUUGAUUGUGUUCGUUGUGACCUAUGCAAUUUCAUCUGAAGCCGUGCUCUACCCAAAUUCUGAGUUGAGUUGGAAACUCUUCUAUUACCUGCCCCGCAAGGCUUACUGGCAUAUCUACGGGGAGUUGUUUCUAGAAGACAUCGAGGGAGAUUCUGACUGCACCGACGAUCCAGAUUUGUACAGGGAUUAUGAAAAGUUGCGGUGUCCGUCCCCUGUUGGAAAAUACUAUGUGCCCGUCUUGCUUGGAGUCUACAUCUUGAUGACCAAUGUCCUGUUGCUGAAUCUUCUCAUUGCCAUGUUCAGUUACACAUUUGAGCAGGUCCAGGAGAACACGGACAUGCACUGGUGCUUCCAGCGGUUCAGUCUGGUCUACGAGUACACCCAUCGCCCGGUGCUGCCCCCGCCCCUGAUUGUCUUCUCCCACAUGUCCACUCUGAUCACCAAGAUGUGUCCCAGCCUCAAUCGAGUCAAGGAGAAGGAUGAAUUCAGGAAGGUAUUCAAGAGCAAGCUGGAGGAGAAACAGCUGAUGCAGUGGGAGAAUGUCAUCGCUGACAGUUACCUGAGCUCAACCGAGAAGACCGAGAGAAACAGCAUCGCUGGGCGAGUCAAGUCCAUAAUGGAAAGGUUGGAAGUGCUCCUGGUUAAAGUGGAGGAGUUGCAAGAGAGCCAGGUCUCAUCAACCAUGUCUAACCAAAUCCAGUCUGCAGAUUCAGCCGCAGCCAAGCUGCCUUCAGAUAUUCAUAAGAGAAUGGAGACUCUAGAAAACCAGCUCAUCCACACCACCAAGGCUUUGGAAUGGAUCAUGACCUCAUUACAAGAAAACAAUAUGGCUGCCAAAACAGACAGGCCGAUGCUGCCAGAUCUGCAGAAGCAAAAGGAAGAUGAGUUGAGGAGACGGAAAGCUCGCGAGGAAAGAGAAAGGAAACUGGUUCAAGACCUCCUGGAGAAGAAGAUUCUGACACAUUACAAAUCGAGGUUGUCACCUUACCCUGGCACUAAAAUUAUGAGGUUCCAUGUUCCGGAUGAAAAAACACUCUGGGAG